AUGGAUACACUUUCUUCUCCGUUUCACGAGACCAACGACGGAUUGAAAGAUUUGAAACAAAAAAGACAAAAUGAUCAAAUGAUGUUGUAUAUUUUCAUUUUGUCAAUGCUCUUGCUUUCGUUUUUCCUUGGAUAUUUCCAAUUCUCUCUCUUCUGGAUUUUCAUCAUUGGACUGCUGACGCUCUUUGUUUGGAACAGAAGAGCGUUGGACCUGACGGAGAGAUUCAUUUGGGAGCAAGAAACUCUGCUACAUAGAAAGAGAGCUCUGAGGCAGAAUGAAACUUGUGAAUGGCUCAAUUUUUUAAUCAACCGAUGGUUUGUUUUUGGUGUAAAUAAUUUUUCGGAUAUUGUCAAAAGAAAUAUUGACUCGUUCCUCAUCAAUGUGCAGCCUUAUUUUCUGAGUAGCUUGGAGUUCAAAAACUUGAAAAUUGACAGCCAAACACCCAGCAUCCAAUCCAUUCACGCUUUUGAAGUUGAAGAAGGAAAGCAGAAAACGAUAAGCUGGAGCAACAUAAUGACGCCACCACCUGGCCUCAAGAUGGUUCAGAAGCAUCAGCUGGUCCUCGAGGUUCGUAUGGAGAUUUCAGCCGACCAGUUCAUGGAGCUCACUGCUAAACUCAGUGGCAAAUGGUUAGGGUUGUCAUUUGAUUUGUUGAUAGAGAAAAUGAACGUGAAGGCCCUGGUCCAGGUGAACAUUCAUCUGGACAGAGAUGUUCCAUUCCCCCACGUGGCCUCCAUCACUUCAUGUUUCGUCGACAAGCCUGAAGUUUGGUUCAACAUUCGCGUACUAAGGUACAUUCAAAUAAUGGAGAUCCCUCUUUUAAAACUCUGGUUACAUAAUUUGAUCAUAAACGCCCUCACUGAAGCUCUCGUUGACCCUGGCAAAGUGGAGAUCACGUUCAACAAUAGAGGACUGAUGGGUCCCGUCCUCGAUAAACAGCCUUUCAAAAAACUUGAUGUGAAAAACAAGACUCCCUCCAACUCGCUAGAACUGUUCAACGACACAAGAUAUUGCACGGUUGCAAUUGACGACCAGCAAUCGUCGUCAUCCCCACUCGUGUCUGGAUCAUCACCAUUCACUCAUUCUGCCACCUUUCUUGUGUACAAUCUCUCCACCGAACAGCUGAAGAUCAGACUGAAGAGCAAGGUCCUGCUCACCAACCAGUCACUCGCCCACAUCGUUCUGCCCCUCAACAACUACGCACUUCAACAAAAACCUGAGUACGUUGUUUCAUGUUUUAGUACUUUCAUAUUGGAAGAACUUUUCUGGAAUAAUAUGCAGGCAUGCGUGUAUGAGUAUGGUAUAUACAAAUAUGUAUUCAGUGUGCAGCUCAGAUAG